AUGGCUCAAAAGAAAUAUCUCCAAGCAAAAUUGACCCAGUUUUUAAGGGAAGACAGAAUUCAGCUUUGGAAACCUCCAUAUACAGAUGAAAACAAAGAAGUUGGUUUGGCAUUGAAGGACCUUGCUAAGAAGUACUCUGACAGGCUAGAAUGCUGUGAAAAUGAAGUAGAGAUGAUAAUAGAAGAAAUACGUUGCAAAGCAAUUGAGCGUGGCACAGGAAAUGAAAAUUAUAAGAUAACAGGAAUUGCUACAAUUGAGGUAUUUUUACCUCCACGACUAAGAAAAGAUAGGAAGAACCUCUUAGAAACUCGAUUGCACAUCACCGGCAGAGAAUUGAGAGCUAAAAUAGCUGAAACCUUUGGAUUUCAAGAAAAUUAUAUCAAAAUUGUCAUAAAUAAGAAGCAACUUCAACUAGGGAAAGCACUCGAAGAGCAGGGAGUCACACACAAUGUGAAAGCCAUGGUGCUGGAACUAAAGCAGUCUGAAGAGGACGCAAAGAAGAACUUUCAGGUCGAAGAAGAAGAGCAAAAUGAAGCUGAACUCAAAGAAAAGAGAAUUCAGAGGACAAAGAGGGGCCUGGAGAUCCUGGCGGAGAGAGGUGAGAUGGUGGAUUCAGAAACUACACCAUACUUAGAGAUUGCUAACCAGACGGGCAGAUCAAUUAAAAUUCCUCCAUCGGAAAGAAAAGCCCUUACGUUAGCUAUGGGAUAUCAUGAGAAGGGCCGAGCUUUCCUGAAAAGAAAAGAAUAUGGAAUAGCAUUGCCUUGCCUUCUGGACGCCGACAAAUAUUUCUGUGAGUGUUGCCGAGAGCUGCUGGACACGGUGGACAACUACGCAGUGCUCCAGCUGGACAUAGUGUGGUGUUACUUCCGUUUGGAGCAACUGGAAUGCCUUGACGAUGCAGAAAAAAAAUUAAACUUGGCCCAGAAAUGCUUUAAAAAUUGCUAUGGAGAAAAUCAUCAGAGACUGGUCCACAUAAAAGGAAAUUGUGGAAAAGAAAAGGUGUUGUUUUUAAGACUUUACUUGCUUCAAGGUAUCCGAAAUUAUCACAGUGGAAAUGGUGAAGAGGCUUGUGAGUAUCUCAACAAGGCUCGUCAGCUCUUUAAAGAGCUAUAUAUUGAUCCAUCAAAAGUUCACAAUUUGUUGCAGUUGGGUUUUACUGCCCAGGAAGCCCGGCUUGGCCUCCGGGCCUGUGACGGGAACGUGGACCACGCAGCCAUCCACAUUACCAACCGCAGAGAGGAAUUGGCCCAGAUAAGAAGAGAGGAAAAAGAGAAGAGAAGACGCCGCCUGGAGAACAUCAACUCUUUGAAAGGAAUGGGCUACUCCACUCACGCAGCCAAGCAGGCCCUGCAUCAGGCCAGCGGGAACCUGGAUGCGGCCCUGAAGAUUCUUCUCAGUAAUCCCCACAUGUGGUGGUUCAAUGAUUCUGAUCCUAACACCGACAACCAUCAAGAAAGCCCUUCCCAGGAACAUAUUGACCAACUGGUGUACAUGGGCUUUGACACGGUAGCAGCCGAAGCCGCCCUGAGAGUGUUCAAGGGAAACGUCCAGCUGGCAGCUCAGACCCUCGCUCACAAUGGAGGCAGUCUCCCUCCUGACCUGCAGUUCCCGCUGGAAGAUUCUCCGUCAACGCCAACCACGUCCCUCUCUGAUUCUGCAGGAACCUCUGGUGUCUCCACAGAUGAAGACAUGGAGAUAGAGGCCGUCAAUGAAAUACUGGAAGAUCUUCCAGAACAUGAAGAGGAUUAUCUUGACUCAACUCUGGAAGAUGAAGAAAUUAUUAUUGCAGAGUACUUAUCCUACGUAGAAAAUAUAAAGUCAGCAACAAAGAAAAACUAA